GGAGUUUUGUUAACCGUGUGAAGUCAUUGAAGCCAUGAAGAUCUUUAUUUUUCUGAGUCUUUGCGUCACUCUUGCUUGGGGUUGUUCAAAUCUCCCCAAACUUGCUGCUUGCAAAAGACCGGAUGGAUCCCCGGAUUGUAGUUGUCAAGCUGGACUUUCCUGUGUGCUCACAAAGAAGCUGAUUUACCAGGGAAAGACCAUGCCCGUCAAGCAAUGCAUGCCGGAGGGAAUGGACAUUGAGGUGGAAACAGUCGACCUUGAUAACCAGUCUGCUGAUGAACCCAUGAGGACCAAACGCUGGCUUUUUAAUAGUUGCACCUCCGAAUCUGAAUGCCAGGACAACUUCUGCUGUGCUUUUGGAAAGCGGUGUUCUCCAAAACUCAGGGAGUACUUCACGUGUUACUUAGUGGACAAGCAUAAUUGUGGGUGCGCCAAUGGACUUGGGUGCAAAGUGACAACUACAAUCACGCUUCCGUUUGGAAUUAAGAUUCCCAUCAAGCAGUGCGUGAAACCUGAGUGAAAUGCAGCAUGACAGCAAAGUCACAGACAAAGUAGUUUAGUCUUAGUGGAGAAAAUCUGUAACAAUAAAAGGGGAAAAUAAACGGACAUUUGAAACCUAA